UUUGAAGGGCUCCACCGGAUGUGCUCGGGUGCGUUGCUUCCUCCUUGUCGGUGCUAGCAGGAAAAGGCGCAGCUAGUAAACAGCAGAAAAACGGCUGUCGGUGCGUUUUUAGCGGUCAGACAGCGAGCUAACGGGGCCCCGGGGGUUAAUGUGAGGCUUGCCGGCUCCGUGCUUCCGCCUCUUACCGUCUGCGGGUGUCUCAGCGGCUGUCAGCGGCAGUGAAAGCGGCGCGUCGGGCCGGGCAGUCAGUUAGCAGCUAGCCGAGCAGCGGAGCAGCCCCAGCGGACGGAGCGCAGACAUGAUCGCGCUGAUCAACAAACUCCUGGACUGGUUCAAGGCGCUGUUCUGGAAGGAGGAGAUGGAGCUCACCCUGGUGGGCCUGCAGUACUCCGGGAAGACCACCUUCGUUAACGUGAUCGCGUCGGGUCAGUUCAGCGAAGACAUGAUUCCUACGGUGGGAUUCAACAUGAGGAAGAUCACCAAGGGCAACGUCACCAUCAAGCUGUGGGACAUCGGCGGCCAGCCUCGCUUCAGGAGCAUGUGGGAGCGUUACUGUCGAGGAGUCAGCGCCAUCGUGUACAUGGUGGACGCCGCAGACCCAGAGAAGAUCGAAGCUUCCAAGAACGAGCUGCACAACCUGCUGGACAAGCCGCAGCUGCAGGGGAUUCCUGUUCUGGUUCUGGGCAAUAAGCGGGACCUUCCAGGAGCCCUGGAUGAGAAGGAGCUCAUAGAGAGGAUGAACCUGUCGGCCAUCCAGGACAGAGAGAUCUGCUGCUACUCCAUCUCCUGCAAGGAGAAAGACAACAUCGACAUCACUCUCCAGUGGCUGAUCCAACACUCCAGGACCAAGAGGAGUUCUUGAGAACCGACAGGAACCCGAACAGAACAGGCCACGCCCACCAGCCCUGACCCGCCCCCUCCCCCCCCCCCCCCCCCCCCCCCCCCCCCCCCCACCCCCCCUCCCUCCACAUCACCUCAUCCACCUCAUCCCUCCAACGCCUCUCAGGCCCGUUUACCCUCCAGCGGUUCUGGUUGAGGGUCCAAACAUUCCUGGUUUUAUCCCAGGACAAAAAUGCCGCAGUUUAUCAACGUUUUCCAGCCGGCUUCAGUCCGACGUGGACGAAAUGAACCCAAAGUUUGUCCGUUUGUCUCUGCCGGGUUUUAGAACUCCAGCUGAGGACAAACGGACCUCCUGCGGCCCGUCUGAGCGCCCCCCCCCCACCAACCCC